UAUAUCCCUGUGUUAGGUCUGUAUAGUGCCUAAAGUAUAGUUAAUGACCCAAAGUGGAUUCUCCUGUUGCUCUCAGGAUUAAACUCUACAUACAGCUUCCAUUUACAGCCCAUCUGUAACUAUAUCAAUCAGGUUAAGAUAUGUUAUGCUCUUGUACCAAAUUAAUCCUGGAAACUCAGUGUGGUCCAAAUACAACAUAGAUUCAUUUCUCACCUCUAGUGUAUUCCAGUGUAUUCUCCACAUUCCCUCCAAUUCCAGACUGGUGGUGGUACUACUAUUUUAUAAUGGUGUCAUGCAUAAUAUGUCACUGGAAGAGAAGAGUUGUCUACUGGUAAUUUAAUUUGAUCCAGAAGAGACACAUAGUUCACAGUCUCAUCUAACUACAAAGGGGCUGGGGAAAUGUGAUCUUAAAUAUGAUCAAGAAAUAGAAGCAAGUUGGAUAUUGCUAAACACUAUCAUACGAUCAAUCACUUUGACCUCUCUGGUUCUUAUCAGGUUCUCAAAGCAUCCUUGCUGUAGUGUUUGUUCAAUAACUUGAUCAGAGAAUGCAAACGUGAGUGCUGUGUUCCAAUCUGCCUCAUUGGUCUGUCGUGAGGAUCUUUGACCUUAUGUUAAUGGACAUUAAUAUUCUCAAAUUAUGUGGGAUUUAGAUGUGUUUGGAGACAUUUGUAAAAUCUAAGCAUUAGAGAAAAGUGAGAUCUAUGUUUUGAUUUUUAAUAUCUUGGAUGGUAAAUAUAGUGAUUAUAAGAUUAUUUAAUUUAUUGUAAUAUCCACCAGUUUUUAUUUCAAUAGGCAUUCUUCCAAAUAAGAUGGAGACUGAAAACCACACAAUGGUGACUGAAUUCAUUAUUUCAGGGUUAACAAAGGAUCCUAUACUUUGUUACAUCCUCUUUGUGGUUUUUCUGGGGAUCUAUGUUGCUACCAUCUUGGGCAAUAUCAGCAUAAUCAUGUCAAUCCAAAGAAGCCCUCAGCUUCACACCCCAAUGUACCUUUUCCUGAGUCAUUUGGCCUUUGUGGACAUUGCAUAUUCCACGUCAGUCACACCUAUUACGAUUGUGAGCUUUCAAGAGAGAACUACUAUCCCUGUCACUGGCUGCACAGCCCAGCUCUGUACUGCAGUUACACUUGGGACAACUGAGUGCUUCCUGCUGGCUGCCAUGGCCUAUGAUCGCUAUGUGGCCAUCUGCUCGCCACUCCUCUACCCUAUACACAUGUCUCCCAAGGUCUGUAUCAUCCUAUUAGUUGCUUCCUAUCUGGGUGGAUGUGUGAAUGCUUCAUCAUUUAUGGGCUGCUUAUUGAGUCUGACUUUCUGUGGACCUAAUAAAAUCGACCAUUUCUUCUGUGACCUUCUACCCCUAAUGAAGCUUUCUUGUACCCAUAUUUAUGUUGCUGAAAUAUCUCCUGCCAUCUCAGCUGGGUCAGUCGUUGUACUCACACUGUUUAUCAUAGUCGUUUCAUACCUAUACAUCCUCCACUCGAUCCUGAAGAUGCGCUCUACUGAAGGAAGACACAAGGCCUUCUCUACGUGCACUUCCCACCUUACUGCAGUCACUUUGUUUUAUGGGACUGUCACUUUUGUUUAUGUCAUACCAAAGUCGAGCUGCUCACCUGACCAUAUUAAAGUGGUAUCUGUGUUCUACACAGUAGUGAUCCCCAUGUUGAACCCUCUUAUCUACACCCUGAGGAACAAAGAGGUGAAAGAGGCCAUGAGAAAAUGGAUGUUGAGAACACGUUGGUCGUGUUGAAAGAAAUUCAGUGUGAUUCCAGAAACUGCAAAAUGAUAGUGUUUUGGGUACAUGCGAUGGAUGUUUAUGUUGUCCACUAGCCUUAUCCUUUUAUGUGAAGAACUAUCUCGAAAAUAAAGUACCAGUGUGUUAAUUAAUGACAACUUUUAUUUAUAAUUUUCUAGUCACCAAAUAUAUCACUUUUAUGAAAAUCUAUUGGUCUUAAAUUAGAUAUAAAUAGUUUAGGGUUAAGAUACCUAGAUAAUAUAGUUUCACUUUUUCUCUCCUUUGUUCAUUAUUUAGGAAGUCUAUGAUUAAAGGGUGUUUCUUUUUUUUCUUUAAGUUAAAUAUUUUUGAAUGUCUUGUAUGUUAGUCUCUUAGAAAGCAUCAUGUCCUAAAUGGAAAUGCAACUGAUGGUGUUCAACAGUCCAGGUCACUUUCUCUGGAGGCCUUGGCCCCUCUUAUACAGGGUUAUCAUAAUCUUUGGAUAGUGAUCCCACAAUGUUGCCACGGAAGACUCAAUCCAGGUCACAGUGAAGGAACUCUCAAGGCUUAGCUUGAAAGUUAUUUAAAAAAAUCUACCUUAAACAUUCUUAUCACACAUGAAAAAUUAUAAUUAUCGGAGGGAAUGGAGGUGUUAACUAACUAUAUUGUAAUCAUUUUACUCUCUCUAGUUAUAUACACAUACACAUAUGUAUGCACACACAUACACACACACUAGUUUCUCUUCAGAUUGUAUAAAUCUUUUGCCUUUUACCAUUUUACUACAUAUACAUAUCUAUUAAAUUUGAUGCAUAUAUCUCAAAUUAUCACAUUGUAUGCCGUAAACUUACACAUUUUAUAUGUCAGUAAUAUCUCAAUGAAGAUGGGAAAAGAUAGAAAUAGGAAGCCUGAAUAGACCAAUCACAUAAACCAAUUGAAUCAAUAAUCUUCUCCCAACGCAGAGAAGCCCAAGACAAUUUGGCUUCACAAGUGAAUUCUACCAAACAUUUAAAGAAGAAUUAAUACUAAUUCUUAAAUUCUCCCAAAAACAAUAGAAGAAAAGGUAACAGUUCCAGACUCAUUUUAUGAGUCCAGCAUCACCCUUAUAACAAUGCCAUAUAAAUACACCACAAGAAUCUUCUUCUUAAUGAUUAUCCUAUGUAUCCACUUGGUGACCAUACUGCUUAGCACACACCUUUCCUCUAAGAUUAGAAACAAAGCAGCAAUGCUCAAUCUUGCUACUUCUAUUCACCAUAGUACUGGCCUUAGCCAGAGCAAUUACACAAGAAAAAUACAUAAAAGGUAUCCAAAUCUGAAAGGAAGAGGUACAAUUGUCCCUGAUAGCAUGAUCUUACAUAGAAAAAACUCUAAAGACUCCAUCAAAAAACUGUUUGAAUAAACAAAUUCACAAAAAGUUGCAGGGUACACACCAACAUACAAAAAUCACUUGCAAUUAUACACUAACAACAAACUGUCUCAAAAAAGGAAUGAGGAAACAAUCCCAUUUAUAGUAACAACAAAAAUAAUAAAAUAUCUAAGAAUAAACUUAAUUAAGGAGGUGGAAGACUUGUGAAACAUUUCAAAGUAUUGAAAAAAGAAAUGAACAAGACUCAAAUGAAGGUAAAAAACAUCCUGUGUUUUUGGGAUUGGAAGACUUGCUUUUGUUAUAAAUAUCCAUACUACCCUAAGCAGAGUCAAUUGCAUUCCUAUCAAAAUCCCAUCAGAAGUUUUAUAGGAAAUAGAACAAUUUUAAAAUUUAUUUGGAACCCACAAGAACUCCAUUGCAAAAUAAUCUUGAGAAAGAAGGACAAAGCUGUAAGGCAUUACACUUCCCAAUUCCAAAUAUAUUACAAAACCACCAUAAUUAAACAGUAUAGUACUAGGACAAAGGCAGACAUACAGACCAAUGAACAGAAUAGCACAAUUUACAAUAGCCAAGUG